GUACGCAGACACACAAGCACAGGCGCAUAAUAACACAAACAUAAAGACAGGCGCACACGUUUACAGGCACAAAAUGCACAUUUGACAGUACUACCUGCAGCUGCUCAUCUAGGAACAUCUCCGACUACUGACCGCUUAUUUUGUCGUUUGACUUGAUUUUAGCCUUUAACUCUUGCAGGACCAGUUUGAGGAAUGCAGUCGAAGUUGUCCUCGGAAUGUAGGAUGUGAGCGUUUGUGUGUCUGUGGGUGGCGGAGGGGGACGGGGGGCGCUCUGCUCUGCUCUACUCAGUGCAGGACGCAGGAGACAGUCGCUCUCCAAGGUGCUGAAAGUCGGAGCGCUCCCUCAGUCUCGCCGUCUGACGAUGAAUGCGACCUCUGCCGAAAACCGAAAAUCAAACAAUGACUGGCUUCAAUCCCGUUUGGUUUAAUUUUUCAUACUCUAACUUCUAUCCAUCUGGAUUUUUAUUUUUCAUGCAACCGCUGGAUGUAUACACACAUGCAACAAGACUGACUGCAGCUUCCUAACAUUCACCUGCGUCGUUGGGAAAUAUUGAAUUGAUUCCCAAGGAACGCUACAGAGGAUUUUUUUUCUAGCUGUUUUUCUCGGUCUCUGUCUUUUUCUCCGUACCGCAUGCCUCUGGACGUAAACUGGGUGUCUCAAAAAGGUGAGUCCGACGAGGAUAAUCAUGAAGCAGACCUACUUUUACGUGGAUAUCGUUUUCUUUCCACUGGAAAGGGGGGGACCAUAUCUCCAAAAGGCUGGUGUUUAAUUGCUUUUAAACCCAUCAUCACGACCGGGAGGGAGGAUUAUAGUGUUUUGUGGAGUCUGGUGAAUUUACCCUGUGGAUAAAGUGAAGUUUCCAAUAGGCUAGGCGACUAUCUUUAAUCUGCUCUAGCCCUCUAUGUGUUGGGCUCUCUGGCUUCACACUAAGUGGAUAUCAAGCUAUUUCAACGCGCCCAUUUCCUCAAUUGAUGAUGAUGGUGAUGAUGAAGCGCAGGACGGAUCCAGAGAGAAUACCGGGAGCCUAGGGAUGACAUCCACACAAUCUUGUUGAAUGUGGAUAUCGAUGCCGCGGCGAAGGAUGGGCCCUCUCCUCUCGUCCGCCUUCGUCCUCCUGCUGGCCCUGAGCGCCGUGUCUCCGGCCUCGGUGGGUAAUCCCGAGGAUUACAACGCGGACGAGUCGGAACGGACCGCCAGUGAAAACAUCGUCUUCGAUGACUACCGGGGGAAAGGAUGCGUGGAUGACAGUGGCUUUGUCUACAGACUCGGGGAGCGCUUCUACCCGGGACAUUCGAACUGUCCGUGCGUAUGCACGGAGGACGGGCCUGUGUGCGAUCAGCCCGAGUGCCCCAAACUGCACCCCAAGUGCUCCAAAGUGGAGCACAAUGGAUGUUGCCCCGAGUGCAAGGAGGUUAAAAACUUUUGUGAAUACCGGGGAAAAACGUAUAAAAUACUGGAAGAAUUCAAGGGUUCCCCAUCAGAUGAGGAAGGGACCAGUCCGCCCAGCAUGGCUGCCGGCAUCUCUCUGGCCCCAGCGCAGCUGCAAUCAAGAACCAGGAGAUAUAGGCCGUCACCCUGUGAAUGGUGCCGCUGCGAACCAAAUAAUGAGGUGCACUGUGUGGUGUCCGACUGCGCAGUCCCAGAGUGUGUCAACCCUGUGUACGAGCCGGAGCAAUGCUGCCCCAUCUGUAAAAACGGUCCAAAUUGCUUUGCUGGAACAACGAUCAUCCCAGCCGGAAUUGAAGUAAAGGUGGACGACUGCACCAUCUGUCGCUGCCACAACGGAGACUGGUGGAAGCCGGCGCAGUGCUUGCGGCGGGAGUGCCUCAACGGCCAGACAUUGUCAUAGAGAGACUCCACCGGGGAUGGUGGAAAAGCUCAGGCAAGGCCCUGCCUACUGCACCAUUUUGUAUGAUUGACAGGGCAGGAGCACAAUUCCUAAGCAACCUGAAACAGCAUAGCAUCGCAGAGAUGCUCUCACAAGCGUCACACAAACACAAAUUUAGCCAUUGAGAAGAAGACGGAACUUGUCUCAAGGCUGUUUCCAUCCUCCAGUUUUAAUUGUCCUAUAUAUUUUCAGAAGUUGACUUGCUUGACCUGCUGCUCUCACACAAAAGGUUUCUAAGCUCCGUGAACUAUUUCCUAACCAUUGGCAAUGUUGAAUUGCUCAAGCUGAUUUCUGUAUACACGCCAUUUGCUUGUUGUACUUGUCUGUCACAAUCACGCAGGUGUUGUAAUAUUCCAACAGCAGGAAAAAAACAAACCGUAAGCACACUUAACGUCGCUUUUUUUUUUUUUUGUCAUACGAGGACUGACACUGGUGAAAGCACUGCAAAGGUGUGCUUGAGUUUCACGACUUCACUCUAAGAGCUUGUUUACAAGAUGCACAUCACACAUAAAUGUUUGUGUCUUCGUAAGACUUUUUAUCGCUAUGGCAGGAACUCACCUCUAACACUUAGAUGAUGCUACUGUCAAUUUUAUAAACUGCUAUAAAACCCCAAACACUGAUUUUAUUGAUCAACAUACCAUUGGUUUUAAAUCAUGUCUCUGUAUAAUAGCAGCACAGGCAGGGGAAGUUGGUACUGUAGAAUUAGGAAAGGUGGUAGCGAGCAACUAUGAGAAGGGGUAGAUGUAAAAUUCUGCAACUCUGCAUCAAAACAACAACUUUGGGCAGCCUCUUACGAGCUUAAUUGUCGUUAUUGUUUUCUCUCAGAGGUCCAUAUCCUCCAAAAUAUUCCCACUAACUAACUGCUUCAACUUGUUAUCAAAGCAAUUAGCAAGCCAAGAGCAGCCUGCUUUAAUUUCCUUUAAUCAAGGAGUAUUCUGUGAUAAAUCAUGCAGCUGGGUGCUUGGCGCUGCCGCAGCCUGCAUGCUGGGCACACUCCACAAGAACCAGCAGACAAAAGGAGGGAAUCUGUAUAUGUCUAAAUGCUUUUAAGCGGCAUUCAUGUGCACAUUGUCCAUGUGAGAAUACACAAGCACGCCAUUCAUCCACAAUCUCAUAGCCACAAUAUUGUUUAUCUCGACCCAGUGAAGCACUUAAACCUAUAAGGCUUGUUAAGAUACAAAGCUGUUACAUUAUCCCACUACUAUGGAUUGUGUAAUAGAUUUCCAGCUUUUCCCCUUCCCAAUGUUAGAAUAGCUCUUCCCUUCAAAUGUGGUGUGGCUAUAUGGCCAGGCCUGUAACAUCGAGAGAAGCUAACGUAUUGCCUUGAUAUUUUCCCAGACCUGAGCGGUCCUCAUGGGGUCCAGUCUGAAAGAAAAAGCACCCAACCAGGGCCCAAAAGACGGUAUUUUCGAGAUGAUAAAUACUAGUCAUUAAUUCAAAAGGUGAAUUCCAGUAAGCUCAUGCCAUUUAUCACAAGAUUUUUUUUUUUCCCCAUUUCCAGAAAAUCCGUUCCCCUUAACCUUUUAGACCCUAUUCCUGGGUGGUGAUGGAUGGGCUGCUUAAUAGCAGCUCCCAGCACUUUGUAAUGAGACAGAAAUGAACAUAGGUAAAAAGACCAAUAACUAAAGAUGUAUAUUACUAUAAAAAACACUAAAACUCAUUUUUGGAAAAAGUUCAGUCUGUUGCAUAUUGUAAAGCUGCAGCACACGGUUGCUGAAAGAGUGUGGGUGGAGUUCAAUCCUACGUGCAACAAUGGAGCUUGGGUCAUUUUUAUAAUUAAGCUACAGUGAUUUAGUGUCUCUCAAUGUGAAAAGACAGUCCUCUUCUAUCUGGCUUGAGGUCUGCACACUCAUAAAACAAAACUGACAUCUACAGUUUAUCAAUCACAGCCUCAGUGCUGCAGAUAUUUUUGGAUUAAUAAAAGAGCUUAAAUCAUCUAAAUUUCUUUAGAUGCCAAAUAAUUAUUCAGCCUGCACAAAAAUAUAUUAGAAUUACUUUACUGGGUAGCAAAGACUGAAGUGAACGUGCCAGGGCUCAGAGGCAUUGCUGCCACCACCGAUGCCUUAUUGCUAGUGUUCCAGAUAAGAUUCACAAAGCACGGCCUUUGGCUUCAUACAGUGAAUGAACAGCCCAGACUGCUUUAAGUGCUACUUUGUUUGCACUCCUUGGUGCAAUGGUUUAAUGUUAUGUAUUACCCAAAGCUCGUUAUUGUUUUACCCUUCAACAUUCCCGUAACAGCCAGCAGGGAGGAUUACAAGGGCAAGGGCACAGGCAGUUCAAUUACAGCUAAAAAAAAAAAAAAAUUCUGAAUUUAAUUCACAGAUAGAUGUAGAAAUACACAUAGUUUUGAUAGAAGUAAAUGUAGAAGAUGAUGGCAGAUGAAAGUAUCCAGGCAACUUGAUCCAAAUGACAAUGUGACAUUGCAACAAAUGUUAGAGUUAGGUGAGGUGCACUGCAUUUAAAAAAAAAAAAAAAUCUAAACUGGGGUAUCAUGGCUGCUCAUCUCCUUAAUUUGCAAGCUGCUGCCAACAACUAGGUGGGAAAGUAGGAGUGCAGAGGAUGAAGUGGUUGUCAAAAUAAAGUCAAAACAUCCAGACCAAGAUAAAUUGUCACUAGACAUAGAGAGCCGAGUUGUGAUCCAGACUGCUGUUGGGAAACAAAAAAAAUGGAGAUAUGAAAUCAAAUAAGCAAAUCAUAUAAUCCGAGCAUGUAGUACAGUCAAAGGAAAGUGUGGAAGAAUUUAUAUUUUCAGCAAAGGAGAUCGAGGCAUAGAUACGUUGCUCUGCACUUUGAGUAGGUUGACUCUGAAAAUUACGUUUAUAGCGCUCAUUGACGACUAAAUCGGAUGAGUUAGGAUUGACAUGGAUUAACAUAGUCGAUUCCUAUGCGUGUUGUUUGAAAGAAUAGGCUGCAUUUAAAAACACAAUAAAAUAAAAAAAAAUAAAGAAAAGCAUUUCAGAGAGAGCCUCUGUCUGGGCAAACCAGGGGGAAUUAAAUUUCUCCUUGCAAAAUGCGUGAAGCCGCACAGUUUCAAGGACAGGCCAGCAGCAUAGUCUGUCUUUGUUAAUUUUUUGCCAAGAAACUUGAGUCUUAAUGUCUGUCUGUAAAGGUCUAUUGAAACGACCACCAUCUGUCCUCCGAUCAUUCAAACCGCAGGCUUGUACAUGGCAUUUUGUAAAGGUAUGCCAUUUGCUCUUUCCAUGAGACACCGACUUACUGUAGCUGGAAACUAUGAAAGAUUUGUUUUUUGUCCUUUAUCUUUGUUUCAGCAACAAAACUGUUACAUAAAGUGUGCCUGAAAACCAA